CUGAAAUAGUGGAGGAAUGCCUGUUCAGAUUUCCCGAUUUAAUGUGGAUUCAAACAAAUAAUCAAACAUUGAUACAAAUUGCAAUUGAGGAACGAAAUGAAAAGAUUUUAAAUCUCAUAUGUGAAACUAGUGAUGAGGAUGAUAAGAAUGAACUUCUUUCCAGAGGAGACACACAUGGUAACGGAGUCUUGCAUUUUGCUGCCAAGUUAGCGUCUUCUACUCAACUUAGUUUUAUCUCUGGUGCAGCUUUUCAGAUGCAAAGAGAGAUGCAGUUUUUUAAGGGGAUGGAAAAAAUGGUAGGAAAGACUAACAGGCUGGUGAGAAAUAAAGAUGGAAAUACAGCUCAAUACUUGUUUACCAAGGAACAUGAUAAAUUGAGGAAGGAUGGAGAAGAAUGGAUGAAAGGCACCUCUAGUUCAUGCAUGGUGGUAGCUGCUCUUAUUGCGACAGUUGUGUUUGCUGCAGCAUUUACAGUACCUGGUGGAAAUUUUAGUGAUGGCAGUGAUAGUAACAAAGGCAUCCCAAUUUUCUUAAAUAAUAUUCCGUUCUUGGUGUUUGCUGUAGCAGAUGCCUUAGCUCUCUUUUCUUCUAUCACAUCAGUUCUUAUGUUCUUGGCCAUAUUAACUUCACGCUACGCAGAAGAGGAUUUUCUAACUUCUUUGCCCACAAAGUUGAUAAUCGGUCUUGGAACUCUUUUCUUCUCUAUAGCGGCAACCAUGGUAGCUUUCGGUGCAACGCUAAGCAUCGUCCUCGGGCAUAAAUUAGCAUGGAUUCUUAUACCUAUAACUUUAUUUGGUUGCGUUCCGGUGACCUUGUUCGCCUUGUUACAAUCUCCAUUGCUUGUUGAAAUGGUUAGUUCUACAUAUUGGCCUAGCACCUUUCGUAAUCAAUGAAAAGAUUGUGUGUAGUUAUCAAGAAAUUCAGGGGUUUUUGCUAUGUGCUAGGAAGCACCCGGAGCUACGCA